AUGGCAGAUUUGAUAAGUAGUCUUCCAAACGAAAUCAUUUGUCACAUUCUUUCUUCUCUUCCAUCUCAACAAGUUGUUGCAACCAGUGUUAUCUCCAAGCGUUGGAACCUUCUGUGGCGUGAUGUUCCCUCUUUGCAUUUCGAUAACGGUAACGAAUAUUUUGGCCUUCUCAAAUGCAAAAAGAAUACAUUUUAUAGCUCUGUGAGUUCUUUCUUGGCUGGUCAUGAAAAUCAACCCUUCUAUAGAUUACGUCUCAGAUGUUACUAUUCCAUGUAUAUUACUAAAAGUAUUAGGACACAAAUUCAGAAUGCAGUGACUGGUAGCGAUAGAAUUCAAAUCCUCGACCUCUAUUGUAAUAAGAACAUUGUCAUUCCGUCCGUGGUGUUUAGUUUUAAAACUCUCGUGACUCUCAACUUGGAACGCAUAACAGUGGAAGAUAUUUCCUUUGUUGAUUUGCCCUUACUUGAGAUCUUGCAUCUCGAAGAUAUUAAUUCCCCAGUAGAAAUUGAUCUUUCACAGUUUCUUUUUGGAUGUCCUAAUCUCAAAGACUUAAGAGUCAUAAGAGUGAGGCAUUUGGCUUGUGAAACUAAAGGAAAGUUUAUUAGAUUGCCCAAGUUGGUUAGAGCCUGCAUUCAUAAAUUCUUACUUCCACUGGAAAUAUUUAAGAAAGUUGAAGUUUUGGAAUUGGAGUGGGUGAAAUUCCAUUGGAUAUUUCAACAACCAAACAUGGACCUGAAUUUUGACUUUCACAAUUUAAUUCGACUUGAAUUGAAUGUGGUCCGGAAUUGGCUUCUCGUCUUGAAAUUGCUAAAUCAUUGUCCCAAGCUUCAAAGUCUUGACAUUUGCAUUCAUAAGGUUUGA